AUGGCGCGAGAAGAAAAAGGCUCGGCCGGUUGCCAUCAACAAGAGCGUAGCAUCCUUUGCAUUAACAACUGCGGAUUCUUUGGCAGUCCGACGACCCUUAACAUGUGCUCCAAGUGUUAUCGAGAUCACGUUCUCAAGUCGUCCCAAGCCGAAGAAGCAUCGUCAGCUUUAUCAGCACCGUCUAGCAGUUCGACAAAGCUUGCAGCUCCAUGCGCUGAGAGAGUUUUUUCUCCCUCCUUUCCAGAACCUAUGGAGCCUGGUUCGUCUAGGGUGACCGCAUGUCCUGCGACCAGUGAACAAAAGUGGAUUGUGGCAUGCGUCUUCAUGCCUCCCCUCUACUCGCUCACUGCGUAUGUUUCUCUUCAUGAGCCGCACUGGCGCUUGCUCUUACUCCUGGUUCGGGAGUGCUACGAGUCAGCUGCAAUUUACUCUUUCGCCAUGUUCCUCAUCUCUUGCCUGGGGCCACCCUCUUGCUCCGCUUCUGAUGCAACGUGGCCAAAGGGAGGGGCAGCUGGCGGAGCAGUAAGGCUGCAACCACCGCAGAACACAGAUAGCGAGUCUUGCACGCGCGAGGAUGAGGGCUAUUGGUCUUCUACCGAUGCGGAUGUUGAGUCGGGGCUUGGCGAGGGCGUGGGUGCGGGAUGCUGGGAGUCUGUUCGGCAGGAGAGCAUUGUGGGAGAGCCGGGAUCAUCAGGAUUUGACUGGAGAAGCGGUGGUGCUGCUGGUGGCGAUGAUGGAGAAGGGGCAGGGGGAGCAGGAGAGCGAGCAGGAGGGCGAGGAAGAGGAGCAGCAGCAGCAGCAGCAGGAGCAGCAGCAGCAGCAGCAGGAGAAGCACCAGCAUCCACUGCUGCAGCAGCACCACGGCCACCACCAGGAGCUGGAGUGGCAGCGGCGGCGGCGUCAUCUGGAGCAGCAGUAUACGUGCACCCUGUGCUGCUGCGGUGGUUCCUGAAGGAGUGGGUGCAUGGGCAGCAGCUGUUUCAGGAGUGCAAAUUCGGCAUUGUGCUGUAUAUGGUGAUCAAGCCAGCAUGUGCCCUGCUCCAGGUCGUGUUUGGCCCAUUCGGACUGUACAAGGAGGGGGACUUCAGCCCGUACUCUCUCUACCCAUACGCAACUCUUCUCAUAAACCUAUCCCAGAUGUACGCGCUGUACUGCAUAGUCGUGUUCUACCACGCCAUAGGCCACUACCUCGCGCACAUCCGCCCCUUGGGCAAGUUCCUCGCCAUCAAGGGCGUCAUCUUCGUCACCUACUGGCAGUCUGUCAUCAUUGCUGCGCUGGUGUUGUUUCUUGGGUUGGCUUCUGGGGGUGCGCGCCCGCUGCAUGGCCUGGAGUGGCAAGAUGCGGUGCAGGACUGGCUUAUCUGCGUGGAGAUGGCAGCAGCAGCGCUGGCCAACCACUGGACCUUUCCAGUCUCGCCCUACACGCGCUCCCGCCUCGCUCCUGCCCGCAUGCAGCGCGUGCCAGCUGGCGUCGUGGCAGUGCUUGCUGACAUGGCGGACCCGUCCGCCCCGCUGGACCCCGAAGAGAUCCUGGCAAGCGAGGUGAUUGGCCGAAGCCUGUUCAAGGGCAGCACAGCUGCUGCUGGUGCUGCUGUAGUUGAUAGUGAAACUGCUGCUGCUACUGUGGCUUCUGGAGGUAUUGGUAGUGGUGGUGCUGGCGCAUUUCGAGUAGCGGCGAUGGGAGCGGAAGGAGGGGCCUUAGGAGGAGGAAGAUUGGGAGAUGGGAGGGACAGAAGAGGGGGUGGAAUGCGAGAGGAUGCAUGGGAAUAUGCUUCUGACUACUUGGGAAGGAGGGACAUGGAGGUUUCUGAGAAGAUUCACGAUGUUUUGGUUGGCGGUGGCACUGACGCGCUACAGGACAUGCAGGCAGCAGUGCAACGAGGCAUACUGCCCAUAUCCGCCGCAGUGGAGCCUCUCACAGCAGCCGUACAGCCCUUCUCUGCUGCUGUCACCAGCGCUCACCAGCAGGUCGCCUCCACGUGGCACCAGCUGCAGGCGUCCCUCCCUGCCCUCCCUGCUGCCUUCCUCCCGUCUGUUUCCAACUCUAGAGAAGCUGAAAUGGUGGGAGAAGGGCGCUUGGUGCAAGGAUGA